UGACACACAUUUGUCACAUGCAAAAUGAAAAUUGCAAAUAUGAGUGAAAAUGCCAAGAUUUCUCAGAAUUAAGUGUAUAGCUUCUGAUAUGUGAGAUGUGUCUGAGAUGUCCUUUGGAUUUUUUAAACUGUGUGUGUCUUUAGUACUUAAACAAUCAGUACUGGGCAUGGAUUUUCUAGGAGGUACAUCCAUAGACAGAAACUGAAUUGACAGUGACUCUUAUACUCUGGUUUUCUGUCGAAAUAAAAUAUUUAAUGCGGAUUGGAAAGCAUGUGGAUUCAAGAGCAAAACAAAGCCUCCAAGUCUGAUUCUCAUGCAGGUCAGUUUCUGGGGCUUUUCUGGUUAAGAGUCAGCUUUAGGAAUCUGAUUUGUGGUUGAAAAGAUCAACCGGUGGUUUUCUCAGCAGGGAUUUUAGUGACAUCAGUAAACUUACUGGCUGAGUAGUGGUUAUUUCUGUGUAAUUAGUGAAUUUUUGGGUGUGCUUACAGCAGGCUUGGAGAUAAGAUUGCCAAGUGUGGAGGCCUCCCUGCGGCUGGCUGUCUGUGUGGGUGCUCUGACGCUGCAGGUGCAGCUGUGUGUGGAUGUGCAGCACUCCGUGCUGUGGCCGGUGUCCUGUGCUCCGUGCUCGGCCAGCUCCGCGGUGGCAGCGGCUUCACUGCCGCCCCCAGAGCUCCCGGGCUGAGGCCGCUGUGUCCGUGUCUGUCGCCGCUGUGUCCGUGUCUGUCGCUGCCGCAGCCCGGCCCUUCUUUGUGCUCCAUCGUGAGAUCCUGACUUACAGCUGCUGCUUUGCCCCUGUGCGAGCACGGGGCAAACGAGGAGGAGGGUGUCAGGCUGCCCCCAGGGUUAUCGUCUGUCUCUGAGCUGAGCCCCUGGGUUUGCUUCUGCAGCCAGAAUGGGUUUGGCUGCCUGAAACAGGGAAGGCAUUUGCUGUUGGGGCUGUUCCUGAAGGAAGGGAGCUGUGACAGAGGCAGCUGUGGUGAUUUCUCCGGGUGAUGGCUGUGGAGACAAGUGUCCGUGUGCCGAGCAGGGCCUGCUCUGCUCCCCUGCCAGCAGCAUCAGAGGCACAGCCGAGGACUGAGCUCCUUCUCGGAGACUGCCCACCCGGACUCUUCCUCAGAGACCGCCCAUGGUGUGGGGCUGAGCCCGGCCUUGGCUCCGUGCCCUGGGACCCCACUCCUCGGGGGCUGUGGGAGGCGUCUGCUCAAUGGCAGUAAAAUUUCAGCCCCUUGCCUUAUAUUCUGCUACUGUCAGAAGUGGGGUAAUGUCUCGAAUUUCGAAUGUUCCCAGAGCUUUUGAGGGUGCUGCGGAUUUUGUCCAUGCCUUGUGCAGGGCUGUGGGGCAGCAGGCUCGUGUCCCGCCUUGGCGCUAGCUGCCAUCUCUCUCCUGAGUCAGUCACUCGACAGAGAAAGCACGCUGAGCAUCUGGGAUGCGAUGCGGCCGUCAUUCCUUGUUUACAGCUCCUGGCAGGCAAAGCCCUGCGUCAUGCACGGCCGGGGCUGGGAGCGUUUCCUCGGCAGGGGCACAGGGAGCCGGCCUCUCCUGCGGUGCCCGCUGGCCGCGCUGCCGCCCUCAGCCUGAGGGGCCGGGCCAGCGGCGCCGCCCGCUUUCCCCCCCGAGGACUGCAGACCCCCACCGCACGUUCUUAGUUUGGGAUGGCAGAGUAGACAGCACGUGUGCUACCUUUCGUCUGCUUGUCCAACACUGUAACAUCCGGUGCAUGAAUGGAGGUAGCUGCAGCGAUGACCAUUGCCUCUGUCAGAAGGGAUAUACAGGAACUCACUGUGGGCAGCCUGUCUGUGAAAAUGGAUGUCUAAAUGGAGGGAGAUGCGUAGCUCCGAACCGCUGUGCCUGCACGUAUGGCUUUACUGGACCCCAGUGUGAGAGAGAUUACAGGACCGGCCCUUGCUUCACUUUGGUAACCAACCAGAUGUGCCAGGGCCAGCUCAGUGGAAUUGUCUGCACAAAAACCCUCUGCUGUGCAACUGUUGGGAGAGCGUGGGGCCAUCCCUGUGAAAUGUGUCCUGCCCAGCCGCAUCCCUGCCGCCGAGGCUUCAUUCCAAACAUUCGAACGGGGGCCUGUCAAGAUGUGGAUGAAUGCCAAGCCAUUCCUGGGAUCUGUCAAGGGGGAAAUUGCAUUAAUACUGUUGGAUCUUUUGAGUGCAAAUGCCCAGCUGGACACAAGUUUAAUGAAGUAACACAAAAAUGUGACGAUAUUGAUGAAUGCAGCACCAUUCCUGGAAUUUGUGAUGGAGGAGAAUGUUCAAACACCGUUAGCAGUUACUUCUGCAAGUGUCCUCCAGGGUUUUACACAGCUCCUGAUGGCUUAAAAUGCAUAGACGUGCGCCCUGGAUUCUGCUACUCCACGCUGAGCAACGGGCGCUGUGGCAACCAGCUGCCACAGCCCCUGUCCAAGAUGCAGUGCUGCUGUGACAGCGGCCGCUGCUGGUCAUCUACCCCCGCCACCGCUCCCGAAAUGUGCCCCAUCAGAUCCACCGACGAGUAUCGUAAAUUGUGCACAGUAGCUGCUAUGCUGCCAGCAAGGCCCGACCUUCCUCCGGCCCGUCCUGACGUCAUCCCGCCGCCACUCUUUCCUGAUGUUUACCCUCCUCCGCAUCCAGAAAUCAUCUAUCCAUCUCGAGCUCCGCCAGUUCAUCCGAUCUUGCCGGUGAACUUAACUGACUAUUGCCAAACAUUCCGACAUCUCUGCCGAAAUGGGCGUUGUAUUCCCACUCCUGGGAGCUACCGCUGCGAGUGCAACAAAGGAUUCCAACUGCAUGGUAGAGAGGAAUGCCUUGAUAUUGAUGAAUGUGAAAGGAAUCCAUGCAUUGGUGGUGACUGUGUGAACACACAAGGAUCCUACAUCUGCCAGUGUCGUGUUGGGUAUCAGAGCACGGCCACCAGAACGGAGUGCCGAGACAUCGAUGAAUGCUUACAGAAUGGUCGUAUCUGUAAUAAUGGACGAUGCAUAAAUACAGAUGGCAGUUUUCAUUGUGUGUGUAAUGCUGGCUUUCAAGUGGCAGUUGAUGGGAAAAACUGUGAAGAUAUGGAUGAAUGCAGCAUCAGGAACAUUUGCCUCAAUGGCAUGUGCAUCAAUGAAGAUGGCAGUUUUAAAUGCAUUUGUAAACCAGGGUUCCAGUUAGCAUCUGAUGGACGCUAUUGCACAGACAUCAAUGAGUGUGAGACAGAUGGAAUAUGCAUGAACGGGCGCUGUGUGAACACUGAUGGCUCUUUCAGAUGUGAAUGCUUCCCUGGCCUUGCAGUAGGACUGGAUGGACGUGUCUGUGUUGAUACACAUAUGCGAAGCACAUGCUAUGGUGGCUACAAGAGAGGACAAUGUGUGAGGCCAUUAACGGGUGCAGUUACAAAGUCAGAAUGCUGCUGUGCCAGCACUGAUUAUGCCUUUGGAGAGCCUUGCCAGCCCUGCCCAGCACAAAACUCAGCUGAAUAUCAGGCCCUGUGUAGCAGUGGAACUGGCAUGACUGCAGGAGGAAAUGAUAUUAAUGAGUGUUUAUUGGAUCCUGAUCUCUGUCCAAAUGGAAGGUGCGAGAACCUGCAUGGAACAUACAAAUGUUAUUGUGACCCUGGAUAUGAAGUAGACUCAACUGGGAAAAACUGCAUCGAUAUUGAUGAAUGUGCACUGAACAUGCUGCUUUGUGACAAUGGGCAAUGCAGAAAUACCCCUGGAAGUUUCACCUGCACCUGUCCAAAAGGAUUUGUAUACACUCCUGAUCUAAAAACAUGUGAAGAUAUUGAUGAAUGUGAAUCUAACCCCUGUGUUAAUGGAGUGUGCAAAAACACACCAGGUUCUUUUGUUUGUGAAUGUUCUCCUGAAAGUACUUUGGAUCCAACCAGAACCAUCUGCAUAGAAACUGUCAAGGGUACCUGUUGGCAGAACAUAGUCAAUGGAAGAUGUGAAAUAAAUAUCAAUGGAGCAACUCUGAAGUCCCAGUGCUGUUCCUCACUAGGUGCUGCUUGGGGAAGCCCAUGUACACCAUGUGAACGAGACCCAAUAUGUCAAAAGGGAUAUUCAAGAAUAAGAGGAACAUUGUGUGAAGAUGUUAAUGAAUGUGAGGUGUUUCCUGGAGUUUGUACCAAUGGGCAAUGUGUCAAUACCUUAGGAUCAUUUGUUUGCCAGUGCCCCAAUGGAAUGACUUUAGAUGCUUCUGGACGGACUUGUCUUGACAUUCGCUUGGAGAGCUGCUACCUGCAGCACGAGGACGAGCAGUGCACGUCCCAGAUCCCCGGCCGGCACCGCAUGGACGCCUGCUGCUGCUCCGUGGGGGCAGCCUGGGGCUACGAGUGCGAGGAGUGUCCUCUCAGGGGAACUCCUGAGUUUGAAGCUCUUUGCCCAAGGGGACCUGGGUUCUCUACGAAGAUAGAAAUAAGUGGGAAGCCUUUCUCUAAAGACAUCAAUGAAUGCAAAAUGUUCCCCAGCCUGUGUACCCAUGGAAAAUGCAGAAAUACCAUUGGCAGUUUUAAGUGUAGAUGUGACAGCGGAUUUGCCCUCGAUUCUGAAGAGAGGAACUGCACAGAUAUCGAUGAAUGCCGCAUCUCUCCUGAUCUUUGUGGCCAAGGCAUCUGUGUCAAUACUCCGGGAGACUUCGAGUGUGAAUGUUUUGAAGGCUAUGAAAGUGGAUUUAUGAUGAUGAAAAACUGCAUGGACAUCGAUGAGUGUCAGCGCAAUCCCCUUCUCUGCCGAGGUGGCACCUGCAUCAACACAGAGGGAAGCUUUCGGUGUGACUGCCCUCCAGGCCAUCAGAUAUCACCAAAUAUCUCUGCAUGUGUAGACAUCAACGAAUGUGAGCUGAGCACCAACCUGUGCCGCAAUGGCCGUUGUGUCAACCUGAUUGGAAAGUAUCAGUGUGCUUGCAACCCUGGAUAUCAGUCCACACAAGACAAGCUGUACUGUAUCGAUAUUGAUGAGUGCCAAAUAAUGAAUGGUGGCUGUGAGGACUUCUGUACAAACUCAGAGGGCAGCUAUGAAUGCAGCUGUAAACAAGGCUUUGCACUCAUGCCAGACCACAGGACAUGCACUGAUAUUGAUGAGUGUGAAGACAAUCCUAACAUCUGUGAUGGAGGCCAGUGUACAAACAUCCCAGGAGAAUACAGGUGUCUUUGCUAUGAUGGAUUCAUGGCAUCUGAAGACAUGAAGACUUGCAUAGAUGUUAAUGAAUGUGAUCUGCAUCCAAACAUCUGCCUGAGUGGAACCUGUGAGAAUACAAAAGGCUCAUUUAUCUGUCACUGUGAUAUGGGAUAUUCAGGCAAGAAAGGCACAACUGGUUGCACAGAUAUCAAUGAGUGUGAAAUUGGAGCCCAUAACUGCGACAGACACGCCAUAUGUACAAACACUGCAGGAAGCUUCAAAUGUAGCUGCAGCCCUGGCUGGAUUGGAGAUGGUAUCAAGUGCACAGAUCUGGAUGAGUGCUCCAAUGGAACCCACAUGUGCAGCCCACAUGCUGACUGCAAGAAUACGAUGGGCUCUUACCGCUGCCUGUGUAAAGAGGGUUACACUGGGGAUGGUUUCACUUGUACAGACCUCGAUGAAUGCUCAGAAAACUUGAAUCUCUGUGAAAAUGGGCAGUGCCUCAAUGCCCCUGGAGGGUACCGCUGUGAAUGUGAUAUGGGAUUUUUGCCAAGUGUAGAUGGGAAAGCAUGUGAAGAUAUUGAUGAGUGCUCACUUCCUAACAUCUGUGUCUAUGGUACUUGUCAUAACCUCCCUGGACUCUUCCGAUGCGAGUGUGAAGUGGGCUACGAGUUGGACAGAAGUGGUGGUAACUGCACAGAUGUUAAUGAAUGUGCAGACCCCACAACCUGCAUUAGUGGCACGUGUAUCAACACUGCUGGUAGUUACACCUGUGAGUGCCCUCCUGAUUUCGAGCUGAAUCCCACCCGCGUUGGAUGCGUUGAUACACGAUCUGGCAACUGUUACCUGGACAUCAAAACUCGGGGAGAUAAUGGUGGCACCUUCUGCAGCAAUGAGAUUGGAGUGGGUGUUUCCAAGGCCUCCUGCUGCUGCUCCCUGGGCAAAGCCUGGGGAGUUCCCUGUGAGCACUGCCCACUGGUGAACACAACUGAAUAUAAGGUUCUUUGCCCUGGAGGGGAAGGAUUCAGACCAAACCCUAUUACAGUUAUAUUAGAAGAUAUUGAUGAAUGUCAAGAACUGCCUGGACUUUGCCAAGGAGGAAAAUGUAUUAAUACAUUUGGGAGCUUCCAGUGUCAGUGUCCAUCAGGAUACUACUUGAAUGAAGAGACUCGAGUGUGUGAUGAUGUGAAUGAGUGUGAGACACCUGGCAUCUGUGGGCCUGGCACAUGUUACAAUACUGUUGGGAACUACACCUGCAUCUGCCCUCCUGAUUACAUGCAAGUCAAUGGAGGAAACAACUGCAUGGAUAUGAGAAGAAGCCUGUGCUAUAGAAAUUACUAUGCUGACAAUCAAACCUGUGAUGGUGAGCUGCUCUUCAAUAUGACCAAGAAAAUGUGCUGCUGUUCCUACAACAUUGGACGUGCAUGGAAUAAGCCUUGUGAACAGUGUCCUAUCCCAAGCACAGAUGAAUUCUCCACACUCUGUGGAAGUCAAAGGCCUGGCUUCUUCAUUGACAUUUAUACAGGAUUACCAGUUGAUAUUGAUGAAUGCAGAGAGAUUCCUGGAGUGUGUGAAAAUGGGAUCUGUAUAAACAUGGUUGGCAGCUUCCGGUGCGAGUGUCCUGUGGGCUUCUUCUACAAUGACAAGCUCCUGAUCUGUGAAGAUAUUGAUGAGUGCCAGAACGGCCCAGUUUGCCAGCAGAACGCAGAGUGUGUGAACACAGCUGGGAGCUACCGCUGCGACUGCAAACCGGGCUACAGGUUCACGUCCACGGGGCGCUGCACUGAUCGAAAUGAAUGUCAAGAAAUUCCCAAUAUCUGCAGCCAUGGGCAGUGUAUUGACACUGUUGGAAGUUUCUACUGCAUCUGUCACAAUGGAUUCAAAACCAAUGAUGACAGGACAAUGUGUAUAGAUAUUAACGAGUGCGAGAGAGACGCCUGCGGCAACGGAACCUGCAGGAACACCAUUGGCUCCUUCAACUGCCGCUGCAACCUGGGCUUCAUCCUCUCACACAACAACGACUGCAUAGAUGUGGAUGAGUGUGCAAGUGGAAAUGGAAUGCUCUGCAGAAAUGGUCAGUGUGUCAACACCAUUGGGUCCUUCCAGUGUCUCUGCAAUGAUGGCUAUGAGGUGGCUCUGGAUGGAAGGACUUGUGUUGAUAUCAAUGAGUGUGCACUGGAGCCUGGAAAAUGCUCACCAGGCACAUGCCAGAACUUGGAUGGCUCAUUCAGAUGUAUCUGUCCUCCUGGAUACAUCCUGCAGAAUGACAAAUGUGAAGACAUUGAUGAGUGUGUGGAACAGCCAGAAAUUUGUGCCCUGGGCACAUGCAGCAACACUCCAGGCAGUUUCAAAUGUCUGUGUCCAGAAGGCUUUGUAUUGUCUUCCACAGGAAGACGAUGCCAAGAUCUGAGAGUGAGCUACUGCUUUACCAAGUUUGAAGAUGGGAAGUGUUCUGUGCCGAAGUCCCGAAACCACUCCAAACAAGAGUGUUGCUGUGCCCUAAAGGGGCAGGGAUGGGGAGAUCCCUGUGAGCUCUGCCCAGAGGAAGCAGAUGAGGCAUUCAGACAGAUUUGUCCAUUUGGAAUUGGCAUCCUUGUUGGACCUGGUGACGCAAGGCUGGAUGUGGAUGAGUGCCUUGAUCCUGAUAACUGUAAAUUUGGGCAGUGUAUCAACACAGAUGGGUCUUUCCGCUGUGAAUGUCCAUAUGGUUACAUCCUACAAGGAGCAGAAUGUGUGGAUACUGAUGAAUGUGCUGUUGGAAACCCAUGUGGAAAUGGAACUUGCAGGAAUGUGAUAGGAGGCUUUGAAUGCACCUGUGUAGAAGGAUUUGAGCCUGGGCCAAUGAUGACCUGUGAAGAUGUGAAUGAGUGCAUUCAGAACCCUCUGCUCUGCGCUUUCCGCUGCGUGAACACUUUUGGAUCCUACGAGUGCAAGUGCCCCGGGGGCUACGUUCUGCGGGAGGACCGGAGAAUGUGCAGAGAUCAGAAUGAGUGUGAAGAAGGAAUUCAUGACUGUGACUCAAAACAGAUGGAAUGCAAAAACCUAAUUGGUACCUAUAUGUGUAUCUGUGGGCCUGGUUAUCAGCGCAGACCAGACGGGGAGGGCUGUAUAGAUGAGAAUGAAUGUCAGACCAAGCCUGGGCUCUGCGAGAACGGCCGUUGUGUGAACACCGUGGGGAGUUACAGAUGUGAGUGCAACGAGGGAUUCACGGUCAGCGACAGCCAGGACGAGUGCCUUGACAACAGGGAGGGCUACUGCUUCACUGAAGUCUUACAAAGUAUGUGCCAAAUCGGAUCGAGCAACAGGAACGCUGUCACCAAGUCUGAAUGCUGCUGUGACGGGGGCCGAGGCUGGGGGCAGAACUGUGAGGUCUGUCCCUUCCCAGGCACCGUGGCCUUCAAGAAGCUUUGUCCUCAUGGCCGAGGAUACACAUCCAGUGGAGCAGAUAUUGAUGAGUGCAAGGUUAUCAACGACGUCUGCCGCAACGGGGAGUGCAUCAAUGAGAGGGGAACUUACCACUGCCUUUGCAAUCUGGGCUACACUACAGAUGUCACUGGCACUCUUUGCAUUGAUCUGAAUGAAUGCAAUGAAUCUCCAAAACCUUGCAAUUUCAUCUGCAAAAACACAGAGGGAAGCUACCAGUGUUCAUGUCCAAAAGGAUACAUCCUGCAAGAAGAUGGGAGAAGCUGCAAAGAUCUUGAUGAAUGUGCAACAAAGCAGCACAACUGCCAGUUCCUUUGUGUCAACACUAUUGGGGGAUUCACUUGCAAAUGUCCUCCUGGAUUCACUCAGCACCACACAGCCUGCAUUGACAACAACGAGUGUGCUACUGAGAUCAAUCUUUGUGGGGCAAAGGGCAUUUGCCAGAAUACACCAGGAAGUUUUGUUUGUGAGUGUCAACGUGGCUUCUCACUUGAUCAAACUGGGCAGAGCUGUGAAGAUGUUGAUGAGUGUGAUGGUAACCACCGGUGUCAGCAUGGCUGCCAAAAUAUAAUUGGAGGAUACAGGUGCAGCUGUCCACAAGGAUAUCUCCAGCAUUACCAGUGGAACCAAUGUGUUGAUGAAAACGAAUGUCUCAGUGCACACAUUUGUGGAGGAGCAUCCUGCCACAAUACUUUGGGAAGCUAUAAAUGUAUGUGCCCUACUGGAUUUCAGUAUGAGCAGUUUAGUGGAGGUUGCCAAGAUAUCAAUGAAUGCGGUUCCGCACAAGCCCCAUGCAGUUAUGGUUGUUCAAACACUGAAGGUGGCUACGUCUGUGGAUGUCCACCUGGUUACUUCAGAAUAGGACAAGGACACUGUGUUUCUGGAGUGGGGCUAGGCAGAGGUCAAGGACAAGAGCUUUCACUCAGUGGAGAAGUAGAUGACAACUCCCUCUCUCCAGAAGCUUGUUAUGAAUGUAAAAUCAAUGGCUAUCCCAAGAGAGGAAGAAAGCGCAGGAGCACUAAUGAAACUGCAAGUGAAGCAGAGGAUCAGCAGGAGCUGGAGCCACCAAUCAGUCUGGCCAGCUGGGAUAUUGAGAAAGCAGCGGUCUUCUCCAUCAACAUCUCGGAUCUCAGUAACAAAGAUCGCAUCCUGGAGCUGCUCCCUGCCCUCACAACACUGACAAACCAUAACCGAUAUUUAAUUGACUCCGGAAAUGAAGAUGGUUUCUUUAGAAUCAAUAAGAAGGACGGGAUAAGUUACCUUCAUUUCACAAAGAAGAAGCCAGUGCCUGGAAAUUAUUCAUUACAAAUCAGUAGUAUUCCACUCUAUAAAAAGAAGGAACUUAACCAGCUUGAAGCGAAACAUGACAAAGACUACCUCAGUGGUGAGCUGGGAGAUAACCUUAAAAUGAAAAUUCAGAUAUUGCUUCAUUAAUUCAUCAACCAAAGACCAAAUAAUUAAACCAAAGAUAGAUAGGUAGGACUGAAUAUUCCUCCCAAUCAGAUUCUCCAUAUCAUAGGUACAAUCUUACAUGAGUACAUUUGUAUGAACAAGCACUAUCGUAUUAUUACAUAAACAAGGUACAGGAUGAAUACACGAGCUCAAAACUACCACUUUCUCAGGCUUUUACGUGUAGCUGAGCUACCUUGAUAUGUUGAAUCUUGAAAACUGGGACUUUUAUCAUUGGAAGUUGGCCACUGAUGCUGAGACACGUCAUCAUUUCAGCAGAGGUACAAGAAUGUGCUUUCAACUGAUGGACAGCUCUAUUUUUGUAAUUCUUAAACUUCGCUUCUCCAACUACAACUUACUAGGUCAGCCAUUUAUGAUAUCCAUUUGGUGCUAGUAAAUUUUCAACCUAGAUUUAUAAAUGCACUGUAAUAUUUACACAACUUAGAAGCCAAAAUUGCCAUUAUUCAGUCUAAAUACUUCAAUCAACCAAAGUUAGCUCAGUAGUUUAUCUCAGUUAUGCCUAUAAUACAUUACAUGUAAAUUAAGUGUGUGUAUACUGUAAUCAUGCUAUUUUUAUCAAUGAAGCAUUUGUAAACUAGAUUAAUAAUACCCUUAAUGUGAGGGUUUGUAAUGGUGCUUAUAAGACCAACUACUUGUUAACUGUAUACACAAACCUGAUGAUAAAGUUUCUGUGACUUGCCAAAAUGCACUGAGGUCAGUAGGGACCAUUAAACAUUCUCAAAAGUCAGAUGACAAUCAGUGCCAUCCUACACCAUGACAUAUUGUAACAUGUCAAGAGUACCCAUAGCCAUUCAUAUCAACAAGGGUUCAAUGUCAUAAAUGUCACAAUAAAACAGUUUUUUUUUUUAGUUUAUUCUGUGGCCUUGUGUUUUUGCUAAAAGUGUGAUAAACCGCAUUCUUACACUUCAGCUGUUGUCAGUAGGGUUGUCUUUGUAUCUGUCUGUGUGUGCAGGUGAUUCCUCCUUGAGGGAGCUGCUGCUGUUCAUUCUUUGUGCAAAGAAAGAGCAGAAGAAGUGCAGAAACCUUCACAAAUGUAAACAGCAGUGGACCUCUCUCAAGUUACUGUGUGGUUCCAGAAAGGAAGCGAGAACAUUUCCAAUGACAUGACCUGAGUAGUCUGGUCAAAAAGUAAUCUGAUAGCCAAAACAUGCAGAAGUGGAUGUUAAAUUGUUAUACAGAAAAUACAGUUAAGUGUGGAAAAAAACACUAUUGUUUGCUAAAACUGCCUGAAGAUACUCCUUUCUUUUACCCCCACAUCAGCAGUUACUGUCAUAUAACCCAAGAUUGAUAACAGAGGAGUGAUCCAAUACCAGAAACCAUCACAAGCUUUAGAUGGGUUUCCAUCUCAAGUGAAUUAUUCAGUGAUGUGGGUGUACUUGUAAAUGCAAAUGCCAUGGUGUAUCUUUUAGCAGCAGUGGCAGAACAUUGUACUGAGGUGUGCUGCUAUAAAAUCUGGAAGAAAGAAGCACUGGAACUGCUGCUGGGACACCACUGUAGUUGAUAGGGGGAGCAUAUAUUGAGCUAUAACAGCUUUGGAAGGGAAAUGUACUACUAAAAUUCACCCCAAAUUGCAUUGCUCUCUGUGAUUCCUUCUGCAUAACAAAUAUAACUAUAUAAAAAGUAAGCUUGUGAACAGGAUUACUUUGAUAUUUUUAAUAGACCAUGUCUGGAUUUUAUUUAUUAGUGUGCCAAAAUGUUGAACGGUGUAUUUUUUUCCAUGUGUUGCAUAACUGUGGUGAGAUAUAAUCAGACCUUUACAGUUGUAAAUUGCACUCUUAAAUCAUCAGGUUGGGAAUGAUUUUUAGUGCCAGUGUGCAUGAUUGUAUAGUUUAUAGGUAAGUGUACCAUUUAAGUAUUUUUUCUCAGCCCCUAAACACUGAGAGGAACUGAGAAGGAAGAUUUCAGAAAGACCUGUCAGGAGUCUAUCCAGUAGAGUUGGUUUACAUUUAAGUUCUGUGUAACACCUUAUGAUGCCAAAGGUUCUUUGACUGUGUUCCAGCAGCCCAGUGUUGCCCACACCGUUCUGCAAAUUGCCUUUGCUAUGCUUCAGAAACAAGAAAUCUUGACAGUAGCUCCUUUAGUCAUUUUAAAAUGGAAAACCCAGAUGUGCUGUACCAAUCCGAACAUAAAAAUCCACUUUUUUUGUACAUUAGUCAUCUCUCUCUUUGCAGCAAUGUCCUUUAACUGAUACAUAAUUUUUGUUUCUUGGUUUUAGUUGCUGUAUGUGUAUGAUCAUUUCCAUUAGUUUGAAUAUUUGCAGCUUCCUUGGCGUCUCAGUGAAGCACAAAGGUUGCACAAUAACAUUGCGUGCAACCUGCCAUUAAAAAGUGGUUUGUAACUUGCAGUGUGAUUUUGAAAUAUUCUGCUGUAUUUCAUUUGAUAGUGGGACCCCAGAAUGACUCUAAGCACUAGACAGACUGAAGUAGAGGUCUUUCUAAAUGUGUAUCCUUUUGCAAUUAAAGGAUAUUUUUCAAAUUCAAGGAAAUAAUAAAAUGCUUAAUUAUUUGAAAUAAGUGUGGCUUCCCUCCACUGCGACUGUGCAUAUGACUCUGCAUAGAUGAUUGCAUGGAUAAUAAAUCUCAUUUUUGGUUAACAGA